AUGACGUUCAAGUCUUUAACAAAUUUUGGAGGCUUUGGGAAAGCUCCUUGGGACAGGCCUAUCGAGCGUUAUCACAGUGAUGGAAGUGGCUACCAUCAUGGAUAUCGUAGAAGUUCCAAAGGAAAGGGUGGAAGUAGCGCGGCAUUGAGUGCGCUGACCUUACUCGCUUUCCUAUUUCUCUUAAACGUCAUGCAGCAAUCCUUACAGGAUAACAAUUCGACGCUUCCAACGACCACUACGCUGCUGUUGCGAGACACCGAAUUACCAAUCAUCUUAGACAAUGGAGAGGAAAAAAAAGCAGAAACGAAAGACAAUUUCGCACGUAUAGCAAAAAGCGUAUAUGCCACAAAAGCAACUACAACAAAAGGAUAUGCGCAACGAAAAGACUAA